AUGGAGGGCCACAGGCGGAAACGUGCAAAUGGACAGUACCAGCAUAGCGCCCAUCUUCUGUGUUCAUUCGUUGUCAAUCCGGCAUUGAUCGACGUCCAACUCCAUGUCGACUGGGAUUCGCGAACCGUCCCUCUGACUUGGCUCAAGGUUCAAGGCCCCCAAGAAAGCGUGGAAUGGCCACACUGCCUUGAUGUGCAUGCAUAUCUUGGUAAAGCGGGGAAGCUGUACGGAGUCCCUAGAGCUCAAGUUGUCUUUUGGACAGGUCUUGAUCCAAAUGCGGCGCUUAUUUCGACGGUGACUUCGCAUUCGAGCGACGAGUGUAUAUUAUUCACCUUGUAG